CCAAAGUGUUGCUUUUACGCACGGGUCUCAAUUUUUUACGCACGGGUGUAUUAACUUAUUACGCAGGUUUAAAUUGGAAAAAACAUGGAGAACUACCUCAUAAAAGAUUGUUUAAUUCAUAUUUUCACGUUUCUGACAGAAGGAGACCUCUCUAAUGCCUCCUGUGUGUGUAAGGACUGGAACGACGCUGCAGAGACGCCAUGGCUGUGGAGGAGGAUGGCACUGCAGCGCUGGGUCUUCUGUAACCUGGGACUGGGAGGAGAUGGAGCCCAAUCCUGGAAAAGAUACUUCCUCCGCCGCUCACACCUGGAGAAGAAGAUGAGCGAGGGGAAAAGAGGAGGCUACACCUGCAAAAGUCUGAGGGGACACACAGGCCGGGUCAUAGGGCUGGGACACUUGAAUGGAAGCUCAUCAGACUCGCCUGACCUCUGGAGCAGCAGUGCCACAGUCUGCAGCGCAUCAACCGACGGGACAGUGAGAGGGUGGGGAGUCCAGAAAGGUGAACUCCUGUGGUCCAGUCCUGCGUCCCAGAAUCCAAUCACGGACAUGAUAACAGACCAACAGCACAACCUAGUGGUCACAGCCGACUCUACAGGUCUCGUCAGCACGUGGCACGGACAAACCGGACAGCAGAUGGCGACGUUUGCUACAGGAUUUUCACACAGCAAGUUACUCCAGUUCACAGCCAACGACGACUGGUUUCUGACUGUGGGAGGACGUCUAGGGUCUGUCGUUACUUUAGCCGGGCCCGAUUUGACUAAAAGAUCGACCUUUACGGUUUGCGACUCUUUUCAAGUCACAACGCUGCUAAUUUCGCCGGACAGGAAGUGGAUUACAGCCGGGACCAGGGACAACGAUGAUAUAAGUCCCAAGGUUAUAUACACGGAGAGUUUGACGUCCGAAUCAGAGGAUGAAGAGCGUCUGAGUCAGUCUUUACCAGUAGCUGGGUGCAGAGCUGCUGUUUUUAUACCGACGCAACCCUCCAGACUCGCCGUAGCUCACGACAAACUCCUCACCGUGUUUGACGUCUGUCUGAAAAAAUCCAAGUAUAAAGCAGAAAUUAUAGUGAAUCAGGUCAAGUCCUUCAGUUUGAACCAAAUCAGCUCCACACAGCUCCUCCUAAAGGCCAAAGACAGCAACUGCAUUGUGUUGGCAGCUGGUCGUCAACUAUUUGUUUACUCUCUCAGCGGGGAAUUGCUUCAGAGUUUUUCGGAUCACACUUUGCCGAUCUCUGCAGUGUGGGUGGACAGCUUUCGUGUCGUGACGGCGUCCCUCGACCUCUCUAUGCGAGUUCUAACGUGGAAGAAUAAUCAAGAUGGUGGACAAACUCUAGAGGGCCGCUACCACUUACUGGGAGGAUCGCAUUCGAUGUCGAGAGGCUUCACCCAUGUUGUGUGUGACUACUCCAGCAUUGUGGCGUCGGUAGAGGGUCAGGAUGGAUCGGAUGUCUUGAAAGCCUACAGUUUCACGUCUUAAAGUACAGCUCAUUUCUAUUUUAUCGUCACUGUACACGCUUGAAGACGGGUAAGACAUGAGCAGGGACCAGGAUGAAGAGGAUUUAAAGGUCCUAUAUGACACAAAAUGGACUCUUGUGAGCUUUAAGUCGUGUUAUAAAGCAGUUUCUUAAUCAAAAACAGACCUGGAGUUGUGUUUUUUUUCAUUCACAUGUUUGAGUAACACUUUAUUAUUAGUCUGUCUACAUGUCAAAUGCUCAAAAUGUUCUGUUCCACCUUGUGAUGUCAUGAAGUGAUAGUUUAACAGCUACUUUUUACCAUUUACUCGGUAGAGAUUGGGCAAUUCCAGGCCUGAAAUCAAUCCAGAUGAUGAGUGUUUUUAGUUUGAAAGAAUUCAGCGGGAUUUGUGCGUUAAACAUGUGUAAAUGAAACAAAAAAACACAACUCCAGGUCUGUUUGUGACGAGGAAAACAUUAUAACAUCAGAAAAUGGCGUAAUAUGUUCCCUUUAAAUAAAUAUCUUCAACAAAAUCCACAUUCCAUCCAUAUAUGUUAGUUUUCUUUAUUAAAGCUUGAAAAAUACAUACAUUUUUUUUUUUUUAUGUACAUG